CAGUAUACAUCCCAUAAUAUACAACUCCUAAAAAGACAGGAAAGAGGAAAAAAAACACUAGUGCGCUGGGUCUCCAGGGGAGCGCAAGUCGACUGGUGACAGACCAUAAUACUCACAGAGCAUCCACCUGGUAGUGAGCAGGACUACAACAAGAAGUCAUUUAGCCUUCACUCUUUCCUUUGGAUUCAUACAGGUAGGCAGCAUGCCGACUGCGUUCGGGUCAAACAGGCCUGCUGAGCAGGAAGUGCUGCACAUCUCUGAGGCCUCCUGUUCCUGUGGUAUCAGCACAGGUGGAGAGUACCCAGGGCCACCCCAGUGACGGAGAAGACUGCCAUCAGUUCCUCCAGGAUUAUCUCCUCCACCUGCAUCACAAACCAGCAGACUGGUGACCCAUCUGGUGUACCCCAACCCUCAUCCCACAGCCCUGAAUUGGAUAAGAGGAAGAAAACGGAUGGAUCGAAAAAUAAAAUCAGACCCUGACUAAAACCUUCUCCCAGCUGGGUUUGCUUGGUUCAAUAAUUCCAAAGUAAAAUUACCUGAAUGUGCAAAUAAGAGCUCAGAACGAACCACAUGUGAGUUUGAUCGAGUACAGAUUUAUUGAUACACUACAAGAGAGCCACACUCAGCAUUUCAAUCACAGUGAUUCAGUUUUGAUUAUGUACACAAAUGAUUGCUGUUAUCCUGCAUAGAGUUCCUAAAUUAGACUGUUAUUAGUGGGUUCAUUACAACUCGACUGCAACACAUCUGUCUCACAUCUGGUCAUCUACUUUCAAGGGCCAACAGAUUUGCAAGUACACACAUAUCUUGUAUCUUGUGUAAUAAAGUGCCAGUCGAAAGGGAGUAACUUUCUCUAAAGUGCUAAAAUUGAUCCAUAAAAACAUGCACUGCUGCUGCCUUCAGGUUCUGUCUGGAGUAAAUACAACCAGAGAUCAGCGCAUCCAAAACCAUCGCAGCAAUAAUCAUGAUAGAUUUUAUAUAUAUGUAAGCUGCAGGUACCAAAGAUAAUAUCUAAUACAAAAGCAAAAGUACCAAAUAAGUUAACUAAAAUGUGCGUGCUGCAGCAGCACAUUCCUCUGCUAAAUUCAGCUCCCUGUUGUGGCUUCACUGAUUGAUUUAUAAAACUUAUUAUUUUAAAAAAGAAAUAAAUGAAAAUGGCUGCUUUUAGCUGCUCAGCGGGGCCUCUUCAUUUCUGAGUGGCUUCCCAAAGUAAAAUCCCUUUAAUGUUAAGUCCAAUUUGAAAAGUUUGAACUCAUAAACGAGUUUAGAAGGAGCAAUCGAAGGCCACAUGGCGUCUAAUCAGGCUCCAAAGAUUUACUCAUUCACCAUGAGAAACCUUCAUUUCUACUACUCUGAAGAGCACUUUGUAAUCACACCGAAUCAGAUUUGCGUACAGUUUAAGCAUCAUAUUCCUCUGUCACACACAGACAUAUGCUUGCACACACACACAUACUUUGCCUACUAAAAAAAAUCAAGCAGCAUUUUAUGUUGUUGAAGUAACUAAUUCAAAACAAGCUGUCACAAACUACACUUUUCAUAUCAACUUGUUUGUCAAGGGUUUCUUGUGCUGCUGUUGAGUUUUGUUUAGCUGCAGCAGUUUAGCAUUCAGUCAGGUGUUUUGUGCAACGUUCAGCUCAGUGUGUUUGAUAUGUGAAGAAAUCUGACAGACAUUUUAUGUCAAUUUGAGCAGCAUGUGGCUUGUUAUGACUAGCUCACUUUGCAGGCUGCUGCUCGUUAUGGCAUAAGACAUGUUACUAUUUAGACUGUCAGCCAUGGAUAACUAAACUGUAAUUAUGCAUUGCAUUUUAAUUGGAUUUCCUGCCCAUUAACUUACUGUAUUUCUUUACUUUUCGCAGAGAUAUAUGUGCUUCAUUUCAUUGGGGAAAAAAAACUUACAUAGUUUACAUUAACACUAGUAUUUUUUUCACUGCUAAAUAGGCAAGUGAUUAAUAUUUUCUUCUGCUUUUAAUUUGUGGGUCUUGAUUAUUGAUACCUAUUUUGCUUUGAUUCAUAAAAGAAAGAUUCCUAUGGUAUCAGAUUCAGAUCUCAAUGGGCAGGAGCUGCAAAGAUGUGAGCCAAAAGGCCUUUCUCUACACUCCAGAGGCCACUUUGCAGUAUUCCCCACUGUACAGGACAUGCAGAUCGCAUAGCAACAAAGGCCUACGUCUGGUCAUUGUCCGUUACUUUUGCUUGAAUGCCCCUUACACAUGCAUGUGCGGGUGCACAUGCGCUCACGUGCAACACCGUCAUCUUCAACGCCUCAUCUUGCUCCCUCUAUCCUAUAUGCACAGCUGUCCUUCCACCUAAAGCAGGCUGCUACACCCCCCCAACCCCCAAACACAUGCGCACGAGCACACACAUACGCGCACCACCAUAUUUCCAUAACAUCCAUGGGUCGUCCAUUCCCUCUGCCCCCUUCCCCCAUGUGCACACAGCUCGCCGCCCACUCUGCCACCCCCUCUUCCCUGCCUGACAACACCACCGCCCGCCAUCCCAUAAUAUUCAUGCACACGCUCCGCACACAUUCAUACACAGCAGUGCGUGCAGUGCUCUUUGUUGGCAGAGAUGCCUGAGCAAUGUGAGCCUGCUCAUGCACAACAGUCAUGUUCCUGCCUGAUAUCUGCAUUCAGACUGCUGAGGCAGGUAGCCCUCAACUGCAGGGAAGUAACAAAGCAGAUCAAGGAGUGAGAAAAAGGUGGUGGGUUACAUUUCUGUCUCUUAAUGACCUUGGGAGGGGUAUGGGGGGGAGAGAACAUGUUCGUGAAGUCUAGACUCACCCUGAGGCAGCCCUGUCCGAAUGAGGCCAAUCAUCCAUCCCAAUGGUUGUUGUUUUUGGGGGUGAAUUCAAUUAAUCUGGGACUGAAAUCGGACAUAUGGACGUCUUUUUGUGCAUCAAGGAUGAGUUUGUGAAACAGUCAUUAACAAAAAGAAGAAUAACUGGCUAUCACAGAAAUAUCAACUGAUAUGUGGGGAUCAUCCCCAGACUCUGGACUUUAAACUUAAACGGCAACAAACACACAGACGGACGGAGCGAUCACUUCAGCUGUGGACCCAAAGACCCAGCCUGACGCACGGAGACGGACAGAAGGACAGACAGUCUGAUGCCAACUGUCUCCACUGUCAAUCUCACGGCACCACUCCUCCUCCUGUUGCUAUGGGCAACCCACCCCACCAUGGCAACCAAUUGGCUCUCCCUGGCGAGGCUGCCCCGCUCCCGGCCUGUGUCUGGUGCUGCCCCAUGUGCACGGCUGAGGGGGCUGACCCCAGGCCAGGUGGGGGUGUGCAGAGCACGGGGGGAGGUCAUGGAGUCUGUACGCAAGGCAGCAGAGAUGGUCAUAGAAGAGUGCCAGCACCAGUUCAGGAAUCGCCGCUGGAAUUGUUCCACCACCCCACGUGGGAUCAAUGUAUUUGGCAUAGUGAUGAACCAAGGCACUCGUGAGGCAGCCUUUGUGCACGCUCUGUCCUCAGCAGCUGUGGCGGUUGCGGUGACCCGAGCCUGCACCCGCGGGGAGCUGGAGAGGUGUGGCUGUGACAGGAAGGUCAGGGGGGUCAGCCCGGAGGGUUUCCAGUGGUCAGGGUGCAGUGACAACCUGUCCUAUGGUGUGGCUUUCUCUCAGACAUUUGUGGAUGAACCGGAGCGAGCCAAGGGGCUGUCAGCAGGCCGGCCGCUCAUGAACCUCCACAACAACGAGGCCGGUCGAAAGGCCAUCCUUCAUAACAUGCAGGUUGAGUGUAAAUGUCACGGUGUGUCUGGGUCCUGUGAGCUGAGGACCUGCUGGAAGGUCAUGCCUCCAUUCAGGCGUGUGGGCGUUGUGCUCAAGGAACGUUUUGAUGGAGCCACAGAGGUCCGCCUGACACGUAUAGGCUCCAGGACAGCCUUGCUCCCCCGAGAUUCACAGGUCAAACCCCCUGCUGCCAGAGAUCUUGUGUAUCUUGCACCCUCCCCAGAUUUCUGCCGUCUCGACCCUGAAAAUGGUAUUCCUGGGACUGCAGGUAGAAGAUGUAACGGAACGUCUCGGCUGGCACCAGAUGGUUGCGAGCUGGUGUGUUGCGGGCCAGGCUACAAAGCAGGCCGGGCUGAGGUGGUGCAGCGCUGCUCCUGCAAGUUUUCCUGGUGCUGCUCGGUGCGUUGCCAGCAGUGCAAGAAUACGGUCACCAUUCACACCUGUAGAGUGUAAGAAGUCCUAACAAGGCCUGACCAAGUGAGCCCAGAUCCUAACCAACCACCAGACAGACACCGCUGGACACAACGCGGGUUAACUUUGACACCAAAUUAUCGUAAUUAUUGUCCAAAGCAGCCUUUCUUUGUCCACGUUUUCCCUUAGAGAAGUGAAACUGCAGUUUGGUGUGAUUGUUUUCUUGUAAAAGCUGCAAAAUUAGAACUAAUGUAAAGACAAAGCUCCAUCAGGAAAUACAAAAAAAAGUCUGCUCAGCUUUUAAACUGUUCAAAAUAUUAAGACAGACAAACUGACAGGCACAGACAUGCAUACAGGUGUAGGCAUGAACACACACAAACACAGCAGUUAAUCACACGCUGAACUGACAAAGCUUUUAAAGCAGAGCUUAACCAGAACUAACUCUCAAACACUGAAGAUUUCUUUUAUGUUGUAUUCUGUUGUAGGCUAGCACGUCUUUGGACUUGUACUGUAUUUAUGUCUUGUUUUUGAUUCUGGUUUAUUUAUUUGUAUAUCAGAGUCUUUGCUGCACUUACAUCUUGUGUUUUUGUCCCUCGUCCUUGUAUGAAACUGUUCUGUUUCCUGCACAAUCAGUGCGUUUAGGUCUUUUUGAGUUUCUAAUAAAUAGAGUAGUUUAUUAAAAAAAAA